UGGAGAAACCCCGGGGGCUGUUUUUGUUACCAGAUUCCUCUGAUACAGCCCGAUUUGGAGAAACUGAGUCAAGAGGAAUGCAAAGUGUAAGAUUUGUGUAAGAUUCUUUGGUGGCCAAGCCUUGCCAGGAAACCUGCCUCCUGAGUCAUGGGCCAGGAGCACCUUUCCCUGGCCAUGGUGGCUCGGAGCAGCCAUUCGUCUGGGAGUUAGCACCAGCUCACUGGACCCUAACUCCAAGGCCUCAGGUCCACCUUCUUACCCUUCUGGGAGAAGAAGCCAUGAAUCACAUCCUCCGAAAUUUUUAAGGACUUCUGUGGGACCUUUAGAUGAGUUGGAACACAGUACCUUCCCUUCCUCCCAGGCCUGCCUCCUUCUGCAGAGCGGAGUUCAAUAGAACUUUGUUGAUUUGCCUUUUACUCUGUGGGGCGAGAAGCAGACGAUGAGGAGAAAAUAAUGAAUGUCAAAGGAAAAGUGAUUCUGUCAAUGCUGGUUGUCUCAACUGUAAUUGUCGUGUUUUGGGAAUAUAUCAACAGCCCUGAAGGCUCUUUCUUGUGGAUAUAUCACUCAAAAAACCCAGAGGUGGGUGACAGCAGCACGCAGAAGGGCUGGUGGUUUCCAAGCUGGUUUAACAACAGGACCCACAGUUACCAAGAAGAGGAAGACGCGGACAAGGGAAAUGAACAAAGAAAGGAACACAAUGAAGGACUUCAGCUGUCAGACUGGUUUAAUCCACAGAAACGUCCAGAUGUUGUGACAGUAACCGAAUGGAAGGCGCCAGUCGUGUGGGAAGGCACUUACAACAAAGCCAUCUUAGAAAAUUAUUACGCCAGACAGAAAAUUACCGUGGGUUUGACGGUCUUUGCUGUUGGAAGAUACAUCGAGCAUUACUUGGAGGAGUUCUUGAUAUCUGCUAAUAGGUACUUCAUGGUUGGCCACAAAGUCAUAUUUUACAUCAUGGUGGACGAUGUCUCCAAGAUACCCUUGAUAGAGCUGGGUCCUCUGCGUUCCUUCAAAGUGUUUGAGAUCCAGCCUGAGAAGAGGUGGCAGGACAUCAGCAUGAUGCGCAUGAAGAUCAUUGGGGAGCACAUUGUGGCCCACAUCCAGCACGAGGUGGACUUCCUCUUCUGCAUGGAUGUGGACCAGGUCUUCCAAGAUAGCUUCGGAGUGGAGACCCUGGGCCAGUCGGUGGCUCAGCUCCAGGCCUGGUGGUACAAGGCAGAUCCUGACGAGUUUACCUACGAGAGGCGGAAGGAAUCCGCCGCAUACAUCCCGUUCGGGGAAGGGGAUUUUUAUUACCAUGCGGCCAUUUUUGGAGGCACGCCCACUCAGGUCCUAAACAUCACCCAGGAGUGCUUCAAGGGAAUCCUCCAGGACAAGAAAAAUGACAUAGAAGCCGAGUGGCAUGAUGAAAGCCACCUAAACAAGUAUUUCCUUCUUAACAAACCCACUAAAAUUUUAUCUCCAGAAUAUUGUUGGGAUUAUCAUAUAGGCUUGCCUUCAGAUAUUAAGAUUGUAAAAAUAUCUUGGCAGACGAAAGAGUAUAAUUUGGUGAGAAAUAAUAUCUGACUUUAAAUUGUGCCAGUAGGUUUCUGUAUUUGAGAGAGUAGUGUUCUGGCUACUUCCUCAGAAAAGUAACACUUAAUUUUAACUUCUAAACAAUACUAACAACACGCCAAUGGCUCUUCUUCCUGAUAACUUUGAACCUUGCAGUAUGGGAGGAUGAAGCCUACAGUAAUCAGAUGUAAAUUCCCAGGGAUUUCUUAUCUCUUCUGGGUUGGGGGGGGGUGGGGAAUACUAUCAACUGAACCAAACAACAACAACAACAAAAUUGACACAGGCCAAAAAAAAAAAAAAAAAGCCAGAAACACUCUACCUGUGCUAGCGAAUGUACUGGAGAAAAGAUGCUAAGGGAAGUGUUUGGCAGCAAGAUACAGUUGUGAGGGGGGUCAUCCCCUUGACUUCAGUGUCUUUGCUGAGACAAGAACUCUGAGUAAAGGCGCGGUUACCUUGGCAAUCCUCACAUGGUUUCACUAGCAGACUGCUUCAGGCCAUUUGCUAUCCGUGUUCUCUUUCCAUCAGGAAAAUGUUGUUUGGCUUCUGUGGAGAAGACUGGUGGUGAUUCCCAAUGGACAUCAUGGUGGCGAAUGUUUGGAGUCACAGGGAAUCUGAAGGAGCCAGUGGUUGCUCAGCACGGAGUGAAAAGAGACUCAAAGUUGAGUUUGCCAUGAAAAGGCAAAGAGAGUGGAAAAAGAGGAGGCUGAUAUCUGUGGGCCCCCUCAGAGGGAUCAGCAUUGGGCUGGUGCUUAAAGACAGCAUGGGUCCGGGCGCUGAGUGGGGGGCAAUGUGGAUAGUCUCCGGCUUUCUUGGACCCACAAAGACCAGUGCAACGGGGACUUGACUGGAAGAUGCUGCUUGUUUUGCCCAAGUCACACUCAGCCUGCCAGACUCUUGUGUUCAGUUCCUUGGCCGGAGAAGUGAGUGGUGCCAGAGAAGGCAAAGGCCCACGGUGGACUAAAGAGGCUUGCAAGGAGUUACAUUUCCCAAAGUUGGGCUUCAUGACAAUAAGUCAUCAACAUGCCCUGUUGCCACCUGCUUUAACCCUCAGGGUCCCUCAGCCCAUCAUGCCCCAACCUGGAGGGCUGACAUCCAGGAGCUGGACUGGAUUGGGUAAGCCCUUGGGUCAAGUAACCUCUCGUUUUCCCCUGCCCUGUCUGCACUACUGAAGUGUGAUGAGCAGAUACAUUUAAUAAAAUGAGCUAACUGAUUUUAUAUCAAAAGCAGAAGGGAUGGCAAUGAGAGAUUCAAUCCUCAUGAAUGAAUAGCUUAACACACAAUACCCUUCUCUAAGAGAAGCUAUGAAAUCCUACAUAUUACUUCAAGUUCAGCAAUUCAACGUACGGUUAGGAGGCAACAUUUACAUAUGCAGGUAUAUUUAUAGUUUGCUUGUGUUCUAGUUUUGGUCACUUGUUUCCAUUUUUAAGUGAUUUAUUCGAAGAGCCACCGCACUGGCUUGGUGCUCAGCACAAUGGGCUUUUUUGAUAAAACGAAGCCUACAUUUUUUUUCUACCAUUUCACUGUGCCUCCUACUCUUCAGCCCUUGCCAGAAAAUCUCACAACCCAGCAAAACAAAGCAAAACCACCACCACCAACAACAACAACAAAAUCCUGAAGAAGUGGACUGUGUAAGAGAAAAUGGAGACCACGUGUCCAUUAGGACGCUGCCUCUCCAGAACUCAACUUUCCUGGGAUCCAUCCCUUCUGGAGUAGAGACAGUUAAGCAUUUAAAUCCUAAACCAAAGAUAUGAUCUAUCUUAAAAGAUUAGGGAAGAGGGUUGAUGUUUACUUUUGAGCGAAUGUUGAUAUUUUUUUAAUUCAUUUAAAUUUAAAUCCCCAAACUCAAGAUCUCAUUGAUAGUUAUUCUUACAUUAAAAAAUAAUAAAAUUCACACUUCACAACUGAAUAAAUUAUUUUCUCAGUA